AUGUCGUCCAAACGACGCCGUCGCAAGUGCAGCAGGACGACGCCGGCGAGGGAACCCCUCCCGGUCGAUCUCCUGCUCGAGAUAGUCGUGUGCACCGACGCCAUAACCGUCGUCCGCUGCGCCGCCACCUGCAGGAUCCUCCGCCGCGCCAUCGUCGACCUGGCCUUCCGCCGCCCCCUGGCGCUCCUGUCUGCGACCGAUGGCCGCGGCUUCGACCCCUCCCUCCUCCUCGGUGUUUCCUACCUGCGACGGCGACACAUCCCUCGUGUGAUCCCCACCCCAACUCCGCCCCAGAUCCACAUCCGCCCGGGCACCCACAGCCUCCCGGACUCGUUCGAGCCCCGGACGUCUCGCGACGGCCUGCUCCUUCUCUGCCGGUACGGGCGGUCAGGUAACCUCCAGCUGCGCGUCUGCAACACCUUCACCGGAGACGUAACCUCCUGUCCCAAAUUCGACGAGACGUACGCGCCCGUCUUCCUCAGCGUCGGCGACGCCGGUGGCUCCUACGAGCUGCUCGUCUACAGCAGGAACAUGCGGUUCCGGACCUUCUCCUCGAAGCAUGGCCAAUGGGGCGUCAUCCGCCAAGCCUCCGUCGCCGAGCACCACCAAAAGCCGAAACGGCUGCUUGUCUCCCGUCCCGCCGUCAUCGGCCGCACCGUCUUCUGCCUCUGCUGCCUCCUAAACGCCCAGAUUGGGUACCAGCCGGACGGCAUCGUCGCUCUGGACGUCGACGCGGCAGAGGCGACGACCAUGAAGCUCCCGCCAGGCUGCACCUCCACAACCACAAGGAUCCUCCGUGACGAAGACGAGCACCUCCUCUUGGCCUCCGUGCGUGGCCGUCUGAGCUUGCUCGUCGCCGUGAGAGGUGGGAUAUCGAUGUGGACCUUGACGCCGGCCUCGUCGCCUGAGUCCCCGGCGACCUGGAACUGGCGGCUGGGGAUCGGUAGGGUGGAGUUUGAGAAGCAGGUGGAUCAGGUCGGCUCGCCUCCUCGAUAUGUUAUUGAGGGGUUCGGAGAGAGGAGCGGCACAGUUAUCGUGCGGGGCAGCAGCGACCUCCUCCGGGUUGAUCUAGGAACCAAGGUCGUCACCAAGUUCCAUUGCUCGCGAAAUGCGUUGGUCGCGUACCCGUUUUUGUUAUGGCACGAGGAAGAUUUGGUCUCUUUGCUUCAAGCCAUGAAGUAUUUCUGA